CAACGCACCAUGGUAGCCGAUCGCAUUCUACGCAAACUGCUCGUACGCAAGCACUGGGAAAAAUUGUUCACCUUCACCGACACGGUAGACUAUUUCAAUCUUCUCAACACCUUCGGAACGGUGUUUGCUCUUCACUACAACAGCGAGAAGCCGCGCUGGACAUUGAAAAAAAUGUCCUGGACGGUGUAUCGCACGUGCUAUCUGCUGUCCUAUCUGUCCUACUGCUACAAAGCCUGCUGGAUGUUUAGCAACUGGGAGUACAGUACGGCAUCGGCGAAUGUGCUUGGUGCGCUGGGGCUUUGUAGCGGUGCCUUACUGCGUCUAGUGCUGGUUGAGCUUAACUAUCCAACGAUACGGAAGUUGCAAGCAUUCUUAAACGAUCGAACGUAUCUGAACCAGGAUCGGUGGGCAAGGAAUCAGCGCUCCAAGCUUUAUCGCUACAAUAAUCGCUUCCUGGUGGUGCUCAUUUCGGCAAUCACGGUGGAGUCGUUGUGUUUUCUCGCAUUCUUGCUGUUGACUAGGCCCGAGUUUAUGCUCCAGUACAAUGGACGCGUUUUGGGAGGUUCUGCAGUACAGAUGGUGUACGGUAUGGUGACGGCUUGCUGGGGUAUUAUCUAUGUGCUGUCGUUUAUUGGCUUCUACAUGCUUUUGGCGGGCUUUCGCCUUGAGAUGGAACUGUUGGUAAGAUCGUUUCAGCAAUUGGAAGAAACGCAACAGCUGAAUUACGAGAUGAUCUGCACAAUGGAGCAUCAGGACGAAAAGAACUAUUGGAACAAACUGCAAGCUGAGCUAACGAUCCGAAUCAAACGGCAUGUGGAGUUGCUAGAAAAUCUUCGUAUAUUUCGAUCGAUUGUAGCACCGUUUGCAUUCCUCCAAUACUACUGCACCUUCGGGCUGAUAGCAGACUCAUUUUUUGUGGUAUCAUUCGAAGGAUUCACUGGCUACAGUAUGGCGUACGUAUUGUUUGCCUCAUUUCUCAUCCUAGAAUCGUUGCUGCUCUGCCGAGGAGUGGAGGAUUUGAACGAUUUGAAUCGACAGAUUGGAACCAUCCUGUACAAUUUCGAUUGGCCUAGACGGUUGCGAUUUUCCAUCCGCUAUCGUGCCGAGUACCGAAACGUUCGGCGUACGAUUCUGCUGGUUAUUCUACAGUCGCAGCAAUCGUUACGGUUCAGUUACGGUGCACAUGGAGAAAUUUCGAUGCACAGUUUCGCCGAACUGAUGCAGAAGAGUUACUCCAUGCUAACGUUUAUGUUGCAGCUACAAAACUAG